GCUAAUAUUAAUGUUUCGUGAACUAAUUUUUUACUUUUUUCUUGUUUUUCAGAAGACUUACAGAACUCAAUCUAAGAUGCCACGUGGAAAGGGUUUCCGGCGGUCCCAGGCAGCGAAAAGAAGGAUUGCUGACCGUUAUGCUGUUGAUUCCUCCAUGGACUUGGCAGAGGUUGUGCCACCUCUUAAAAAAGAGGCACAUGUACCAUACUCGGCAUUGCUGAGUGCAAAUAAGACCAAUCUUAUUCCAAAGUGUUCAAAUGCUCUUCCAAUAUUAACCAACACUCCUCCAAUAUGUACCACAACUCCUCCAAAGUCUACCAAGACAAGUCCAAUGUGUACCACAACUCCUCCAAAGUCUACCAAGACAAGUCCAAUGUGUACCACAACUCCUCCAAUGUCUACCAAGACAAAUCCAAUGUGUACCACAACUCCUUCAAUGUCUACCAAGACAAGUCCAAUGUGUACUAAGACAAGUCCAAUGUGUACCACAACUCCUCCAAUGUCUACCAAGACAAGUCCAAUGUGUACCACAACUCCUUCAAUGUCUACCAAGACAAGUCCAAUGUGUACCAUAACUCCUCCAAUGUCUACCAAGACAAGUCCAAUGUGUACCACAACUCCUUCAAUGUCUACCAAGACAAGUCCAAUGUGUAUCAUAAAUUCUCCAAGAUCUAAGAAAACCUAUAGUGAUAUUGUGAAAAGUUUCGAUGCCAAUAACUCUGAUCAGUUUAUACAGAAAGUCAUACAGGGUUCAUUCCAUCAGGGUGAUGCGCAGUUUAGUUUCAACCGUAACAGACAGUGUGCAGUAAAUAGCAUUAUGGCUAUAAUGAUGAGUGAGCUAAAGAAUGUGCUGACAUGGACAACAGAAGACCUGAAUGCUGUUCUAAUGAAAGGAGAUGAGCUGUACACAUGUAUGCGACUGCAGGGGAAGAUCAAUGAUGACACAGGCCGAGGACAUGUUUCUAUUGUUGAAUUGCCAACUGUGCACACACUGUAUAACACAAUAUUUUCAAUAAAUCGUGCUGAAUCUUUCUCAGGUGUUAUUGGUGUUGAUGUUUAUGACAUAGAUGUGCAAGAUGUAUGUAUGCCUAUAGAUGAAACGCUUCAGAGGACAAUGUUAAAUGAUGAUGCAUGUUUGUUGAAUAUUAAAGACUAUAUUUGUGCAGUUAUAAAGGCAGGUACAACAUAUGCUGUCGUUGAUUCUCAUUCUCGCAAUAGUAAAGGUAUGGUACAAUAUAAUGGAACAAGUGUAGUGGUAUACUUUGAUGACAUAUACAUGUUAUUUAAUCAUGUUGAUAAACUUGCAAUGUCAUUGAAUGCUCAGGGAACCCCAUUCGAAGUGAAGGGUGUGAAAGCAUCUGUAAUUGGUAAGGCUUCAAUUGCUAAUACAAGUUCAUGUGAAUCUGGUCAACAAAGCAGUGUUUCUCAAGUUUCACCUAAAGCAACAGGUUGCAAGAGUAAGUGUAUUAAGGUUGAUGGUAAACAAAUAUGUCCAGACAAACCAGUAACACUGUGUAAACUGAAUCAAACAUGCGGGGAUUCCAGUAAGAGUAAACUUAAGGCUGAUCCAAAGGUUGCACAUGUGAGCAAGCUGUAUGAUAAUGUCAUGGAUGAUGUCAUUAUUGUAGAAACUGAGAACCAUGUAAAACAAAGAGCAUCAAACCGGAUGGUAAUUGCUUUUAUCGCUCAAUAG